CAAGUCAGCAUCUUUGCACUAAAGAUCACUGUUCGAAGUGCAAUGUUAUUGUGCCCUUGCAUGGCGGCCAUGAACAGUAGCUGCUUCCCCACUAACUACGCCUUAACAGUGGUUACGAAGUCUUGCAGCGGAGAAAACGGCGUGGCUGCAUCUCUGCAGAUUCCAAUCUACAUCACUUCUGUGAACGCCGAUCAUGAUUUGCAUUCCACCCAGCUCUUCGAUCUUCAUCUGCCCCAGUACCUAGCACCAGGAUGAAAAUUAGCGUUGUUCGUGGGGCCCAACGCGAACUCUGUCAUCUGCGAGCCAGACACGUGAUCAUCGCCCAUAUUGCCUACUACCUGUGUCGUAUAUAAUGACAGCGAGGCGAAUCUAGCCGCAAGUGUCUGUCCGCCCACUUCUGACUGCCGGGAUGAGUGUGUCAUCCGAUCAAGAGAUUACUGCCAUGCUGCAGCUUGCGUGAGCCUUACAGUUGCUCCAUCUCUGUCGCUGCGGCCGUUCAUAUUGAUUAUUCCUUAAGUCAACCGAGAAUAACUGCGUUG